AGCCCUCCCUCAACCUCCAGCCAACUCAUCGGUCUCCAGAUCGGCAGCAUUCCUUUUGCCUCCUUGGAUCCGCGACGGUUGACCCGUACAUUCCUUUACUUGACGAGACACCCCGCCUCACCCGCCAACGGCCUUCGUAUCUGGUUAUACGCCGUCUCAGCAUCACUCCCUCUUUAAGCGCUGCUGGACAAGUUGCGACACUCAGCAUUAUUCCUCCUCUCGACACCGAACAUAUCCAUCAAAAUGGUCUCAAAGUCUCUUAUCGCCCUAGCGGCUGCCGCCUUUGCUGGCGAAACUCUUGCUGCUAGCAUCCAUCGCGGCCAUGAACACCUUCACGUUGGCAAGAGGGACAUCGUUACCCAGAUGGUGACCCAGACUGCCUGGACUACCGUCACCGUCACUCUUGGCCAGAGCGCCAACGCUGCUCCGACUGCCGUCGACAACAACACCAAGCUUACCAAGUCCCGUUUGUCCAGCUCCAGCACCGCCGUCGCUGCCCCGGCCGAGGCUAGUUCUGCUGCGCCGUCGAUCAACACCAUUGUUCCCAACGUCGCCGUUGUCAAUGCUCCUGCCAGCCCGUCUGCCACACAGAACAGCGCCCCUGCUGCGGCCCCCUCCACCACCACUCCAGAGUCGACUGAGAACAAGUCGAUUGGUCAGCGCCUCCAGCGCGGUCUUGCCUACAACGACGGAAAGCUGCUUCAGAGCUUCCUUGGAAGUGGCUCCAAGGCCACGUGGGUCUACAACUGGGGUCAGGUCGACGACUCUGGCACCGGCCUUGAGUUUGUCCCUAUGCUUUGGGGUACUGACAAGGGUUUCCCCCAGUCCUGGAACGCCAAUGCCCAAAAGGCCAUUGACGCCGGCUCCAAGGCAUUUCUCAGCUUCAACGAGCCUGAUCUCAGCUCUCAGUCAAACCUGUCUCCUCAGGCUGCUGCUGACGGUCACAUCCAGUACAUGAACCCCUGGGCCGGAAAGGUUCGCAUCAGUUCUCCGUCCAUUACCAACUCUGACGAUCCCAACAUGGGUCUCAACUGGAUGCAGAAGUUCUUCGAUGCAUGCAAUGGACAGUGCAAGGUGGACUUUUUGGCCCUUCACAGCUAUGGAACCGACGGACCCACCGUCCUCAACCACCUUCUCGAUGCCUACAACCGCUUCAAGAAGCCCGUCUGGGUCACCGAGCUUGGCUUUGCCGGCGAUGACGACCAGGUGAACCAGGCUAUGGAAUACGUCCUUGAUCACUUGGAGAACAACUCUACCUUCUCGUUCGUGGAGAGGUUCACCUACUUCAUGGUUGCGGAGGGUCAGAUGUUGCGCAACUCGCAGCUGACCACCUUCGCGAAGACCUUUGCCUAUGGUGCUUAAACAUUUAUACCAUCUGUCACUCUGAGAAGAUCUAACUAUGGACUUGGUUCUACAUGUCAAAAGAUCUUGCCAGUUUUGCUUCAAGGUAUCACCAUCUCU